GUUGUGACUGAAACCCGUCAAUAUGGCGGCGAUCGGCCGCGGCCGCUCUCUGAAGAACCUCCGAAUACGAGGGAGGAAUGACAGCGGCGAGGAGAACGUCCCGCUGGACCUGACCCGAGAACCUUCUGAUAACUUAAGGGAGAUUCUCCAAAAUGUGGCCAAAUUACAAGGAGUUUCAAAUAUGAGAAAGUUAGGUCAUCUGAAUAACUUUACUAAGCUUCUUUGUGAUAUUGGCCAUAGUGAAGAAAAACUGGGUUUUAACUAUGAAGAUAUCAUUAUUUGUUUGCGGUUAGCCUUAUUAAAUGAAGCAAAAGAAGUGAGAGCAGCAGGGUUACGAGCACUUCGGUAUCUCAUCCAAGACUCCAGUAUUCUGCAGAAGGUGCUAAAAUUGAAAGUGGACUAUUUAAUAGCUAGGUGCAUUGACAUACAGCAAAGCAACGAGGUAGAGAGGACACAGGCACUUCGAUUAGUCAGAAAGAUGAUUACUGUGAAUGCUUCCUUAUUUCCCAGUUCUGUGGCCAACUCAUUAAUUGCAGUUGGAAAUGAUGGACUUCAAGAAAGAGACAGAAUGGUUCGAGCAUGUAUUGCUAUUAUCUGUGAACUAGCACUUCAGAAUCCAGAAGUUGUGGCCCUUCGAGGUGGACUAAACACCAUCCUGAAAAAUGUGAUUGACUGCCAAUUAAGUCGAAUAAACGAAGCCCUCAUUACCACAAUUUUGCACCUCCUUAAUCAUCCAAAAACCCGACAGUAUGUUCGUGUUGAUGUAGAGCUAGAGCGAAUUUUAGCACCCUAUACCGAUUUUCACUACAGACAUAGUCCAGAUACGGCCGAAGGACAGCUCAAAGAAGAUAGGGAAGCACGGUUUCUAGCCAGUAAAAUGGGUAUCAUAGCAACAUUCCGGUCAUGGGCAGGUAUUAUUAAUUUAUGCAAACCUGGAAACUCUGGGAUCCAAUCUCUAAUUGGGGUACUUUGUAUACCAAAUAUGGAAAUAAGGCGAGGUCUGCUUGAAGUUCUUUAUGACAUAUUUCGUCUUCCUCUACCUGUUGUAACAGAGGAGUUCAUAGAGGCAUUGCUCAGUGUAGAUCCAGGAAGAUUCCAAGACAGUUGGAGGCUUUCAGAUGGCUUUGUAGCAGCUGAGGCAAAAACUAUUCUCCCUCAUCGUGCCAGAUCCAGACCAGACCUCAUGGAUAAUUAUUUGGCACUGAUACUUUCUGCAUUUAUCCGCAAUGGACUUUUAGAGGGUUUGGUUGAAGUGAUAACGAACAGUGAUGACCAAAUCUCAGUUAGAGCUACCAUACUUUUAGGAGAGCUUCUACAUAUGGCAAACACAAUUCUUCCUCAUUCACAUAGCCAUCAUUUGCAUUGCUUGCCAACCCUAAUGAAUAUGGCUGCAUCCUUUGAUAUCCCUAAGGAAAAGAGACUAAGAGCCAGUGCAGCACUAAACUGUUUGAAACGCUUCCAUGAAAUGAAAAAACGAGGACCCAAGCCUUAUAGCCUUCAUUUAGAUCACAUUAUUCAGAAAGCAAUGGCAACACACCAGAAACGAGAUCACUAUCUUCGAGUCCAGAAAGAUAUAUUUGUUCUUAAGGAUACAGAAGAAGCCCUUCUAAUGAACCUUCGGGAUAGCCAAGUCCUGCAGCACAAAGAGAAUCUUGAGUGGAAUUGGAAUCUUAUAGGGACCAUUCUUAAGUGGCCAAAUAUAAAUCUAAGAAACUAUAAAGAUGAACAAUUACACAGGUUUGUACGAAGGCUUCUUUAUUUUUACAAACCUAGCAGUAAAUUAUAUGCCAAUCUGGAUCUCGAUUUUGCCAAGUCCAAGCAGCUCACAGUUGUUGGUUGCCAGUUUACAGAAUUUCUUCUUGAGUCUGAAGAGGACGGGCAAGGGUACUUAGAAGAUCUAGUGAAAGAUAUUGUUCAGUGGCUCAAUGCCUCAUCUGGAAUGAAACCUGAAAGGAGUCUUCAAAAUAAUGGUUUAUUGACCACCCUCAGUCAACACUACUUUUUAUUUAUUGGAACACUUUCUUGCCACCCUCAUGGAGUCAAAAUGCUGGAAAAAUGCAGUGUAUUUCAGUGUCUUCUUAAUCUUUGCUCCUUGAAAAACCAAGACCAUUUACUAAAACUGACUGUUUCAAGUUUAGACUAUAGCAGAGAUGGAUUAGCUAGAGUCAUACUUUCGAAAAUCCUGACAGCAGCUACUGAUGCUUGUAGGCUGUAUGCAACAAAACAUUUAAGAGUAUUAUUGAGAGCUAAUGUUGAGUUCUUCAAUAAUUGGGGAAUUGAGUUACUCGUGACUCAGCUACAUGAUAAGAACAAAACAAUUUCCUCUGAAGCUUUGGAUAUCCUUGAUGAAGCUUGUGAAGACAAGGCCAAUCUUCAUGCUCUUAUUCAGAUGAAGCCAGCUUUGUCCCACCUUGGAGAUAAGGGUUUACUUCUCCUCUUGAGAUUUCUCUCCAUUCCAAAAGGGUUUUCCUACCUGAAUGAAAGGGGUUAUGUAGCAAAACAACUGGAAAAGUGGCACAAGGAAUAUAAUUCCAAAUAUGUUGACUUAAUUGAGGAACAACUUAAUGAAGCACUUACUACUUAUCGGAAGCCUAUUGAUGGUGAUAACUAUGUCCGUCGCAGUAACCAAAGAUUACAGCGUCCUCAUGUUUACCUUCCUGUACAUCUUUAUGGACAACUGGUACACCACAAAACUGGCUGCCAUUUAUUGGAAGUACAGAAUAUUGUUACAGAACUCUGUUACAACGUCCGUACACCAGAUUUGGAUAAAUGGGAAGAAAUUAAAAAACUGAAAGCUUCUCUUUGGGCCUUGGGAAACAUUGGUUCAUCAAAUUGGGGUCUCAAUUUGCUACAGGAAGAAAAUGUGAUUCCAGAUAUACUAAAACUUGCAAAACAAUGUGAAGUUCUUUCCAUCAGAGGGACCUGUGUAUAUGUACUUGGACUCAUAGCUAAAACCAAACAAGGUUGUGAUAUUUUAAAAUGUCACAACUGGGAUGCUGUGAGACAUAGUCGCAAACAUCUGUGGCCAGUGGUUCCAGAUGAUGUGGACCAACUCUGUAAUGAACUCUCAUCCAUCCCCAGCACUCUGAGUUUGAACUCAGAGUCAACCAGCUCUAGACAUAAUAGUGAAAGUGAAUCGGCACCAUCAAGUAUGUUCAUAAUGGAAGAUGACCGAUUCGGCAGCAGCUCUACUAGUACAUUUUUCCUUGACAUCAAUGAAGAUGCAGAGCCAGCAUUUUUUGACAGACCUGGACCCCUAAAGGAUAAAAAUUCAUUUCCUUUCUUCGCUUCUAGUAAGCUUGUGAAGAAUCGGAUCUUAAAUUCACUUACUUUGCCUAAUAAAAAACAUCGUAGUAGCAGUGAUCCAAAAGGAGGAAAACUGUCAUCUGAAAAUAAGACAAGCAACAGGCGGAUUAGAACACUUACAGAGCCCAGUGUUGACUUCAAUCACAGUGAUGAUUUCACACCUAUCUCCACAGUACAGAAAACAUUGCAAUUAGAAACUUCAUUUGUUGGAAAUAAGCACACUGAAGACACUGGUAGUACUCCAAGCAUUGGAGAGAAUGACUUAAAAUUCACCAAGAGUUUUGGUGCAGAGAAUCACAGAGAAAACACAAGCCGAGAAAGGUUAGUUGUAGAAAGUUCAACAAGCUCACACAUGAAGAUACGUAGCCAAAGUUUUAAUACAGAUACUACAACAAGUGGCAUAAGUUCAAUGAGUUCAAGUCCUUCUCGAGAGACAGUAGGUGUAGAUGGAACAACUAUGGAUACAGACUGUGGAAGUAUGAGUACUGUGGUAAGUACUAAAACUGUUAAGACAAGCCACUACUUGACACCACAGUCUAACCAUCUGUCUCUCUCCAAAUCAAACUCAGUGUCCCUGGUGCCUCCAGGUUCUUCACAUACACUUCCUAGAAGAGCACAGUCCCUUAAAGCACCCUCUAUUGCAACGAUUAAAAGUCUAGCUGAUUGUAACUUUAGUUAUACAAGUUCUAGAGAUGCCUUUGGCUAUGCUACGUUGAAAAGAUUACAGCAGCAGAGAAUGCACCCAUCUUUAUCUCACUCUGAAGCUUUGGCAUCUCCAGCAAAAGAUGUGCUGUUUACUGAUACUAUCACCAUGAAGGCCAACAGUUUUGAGUCCAGAUUAACACCAAACAGGAUCGAUUUUAAAAAGAAGCAUGUCGGGGGAAUCAGGAGCUUAAGACCUACAAUAACAAACAACCUUUUCAGGUUUAUGAAAGCUUUAAGUUAUGCAUCGUUAGAUAAAGAAGAUUUAUUAAGUCCCAUUAAUCAAAGUACCCUCCAGCGAUCCUCCUCGGUUAGGUCCAUGGUGUCCAGUGCUACAUAUGGUGGCUCAGAUGACUACAUCGGUCUUGCCCUUCCAGUAGAUAUCAAUGAUAUAUUUCAGGUAAAGGAUAUUCCUUAUUUUCAAACAAAAAACAUACCUCCACAUGAUGAUCGAGGUGCAAGAGUGUUUGCCCAUGAUUCAGGAGGUCUCCCAUCUGGAACUGGAGGUCUUGUAAAAAACUCUUUUCACUUGCUACGACAGCAGAUGAGUCUUACGGAAAUAAUGAAUUCAAUCCAUUCAGAUGCUUCUCUGUUUUUAGACAGUACAGAAGAUACUGGGCUACAGGAACAUACAGAUGAUAACUGUCUCUAUUGUGUCUGUAUUGAAAUUCUGGGUUUCCAGCCCAGUAACCAACUAAGUGCAAUAUGUAGUCAUUCAGAUCUUCAAGAUAUUCCAUAUUCUGAUUGGUGUGAACAACCUCUCCACAAUCCCUUAGAAGUAGUUCCGUCUAAGUUUUCGGGGAUUUCUGGAUGCAGUGAUGGAGUGUCUCAAGAAGGCUCGGCAAGCAGCACUAAGAGCACAGAAUUGUUACUAGGUGUUAAAACAAUUCCAGAUGAUACACCAAUGUGCCGUAUACUCCUUCGCAAAGAAGUUCUAAGAUUAGUUGUCAAUCUGAGUAGUUCAGUUUCCACCAAGUGUCAUGAAACUGGGCUUCUAACAAUUAAGGAGAAGUACCCCCAAACGUUUGAUGACAUAUGCCUUUAUUCUGAAGUUUCCCACUUGCUGUCACACUGCACAUUUAGACUUCAGUGUCGGAGGUUCAUACAAGAAUUAUUUCAAGAUGUACAGUUUUUACAAAUGCAUGAAGAAGCAGAGGCUGUGUUGGCAAUACCACCAAAGCAACCUAUAAUUGAUACAUCUGCUGAAUCCUGACCUCUUAUUUAUGAUGAAUAUAGAUACAUGCUAUAUAUAUUCAUAUUUGUGGAUACCCUAAAAGCCUCAGAAAGGACUGGCUGCGCAGCGAAGACCAAAGUCUCUUCUGCGCACCGUUCCAGCAAGUACUGCUACCUGAACAGUUGGAACUGCUGACUUCCUAACCAAAUCAACUUCUUUCUCUCCCCUAUUGAGCCCUUUGAAGGGUUCCUGAUUCUUACCAAGUUUAAGAAUUUCAGUACCAUCAUAUACAAGAGCAAAGCACUGAAUACCUAUGUAGGUUUUCUAUUUUUUCAUUUUUAAAGGCCUAAUGACAGUGGAUCAAUAAUAGGAAAUAUAAAAGCACCAUCACACAGUUAUUACUGAAUUCUUUUUUUUUUCUUUUUGGGGUAAAUAUAAAGAUGCCUUGUUUGUUAACUGAUUUGUGGAAGCCAGGAGUCAGUAUCUGUGAGGCACGGGACGGGGUAUGUUGUAACUGCUGGUGUUAGAGAGUGAACCUCGGCCCUUCCACCUUUUCUUAAGGUUUGUAACACUACUUCAGAGGUUUAUAACCUCAAAGUGAAAGAAGAGCCUCAGCAAUCUAGGACUCUUUAAGUUAUUUUUUUAUGUUAUUAGACUGCAUAAAAAUUCUAAGUUGUUUUCCAUCUUUCCAGUUAUGUUUCAAUGUAUUAUUAUAGGCUGUUUAAGCCAAGUAAGGUUUUUCACUACAGUUUGUUAUUAAAAUUUACAAAACAUUUUGUAGUUUAAUUGAAAAUAUUUCCCACUUGAAAAAAUACAUACAUUUCUGGUAGACUUCCAUUUUCGUCUACUUCCCAUAUCAUCAUUUUAAGUAGGGACUUGAAUAAGCACUGUUAGUUUAGCCUAGAGCAACGGAACGCAUUAAAGAAUACUUGGAAUCUGGAGCAAGAGCUGUGUGUGCCUGCAAUUUACACAUUCCAUGGGAAAAGAAGAGCCAUAUAUCCUUAAAAUCAUUAUUGAAACUCAUUAAUCAAAUUGUAGUGAAAAGCCUUAAUUACUAAAUUUUAAAGCUUCAGUAAUUUAAUUUUUAUCAGUGUUCAUAUUUUGCACAAACUAAAUAAAGGUAGUGAUAGGUGAGUUUAAGAAUACACUUACUGCCUUUAUCACAUUUGUGAAGUUCUUAAGUUAUGGGGGGCAAGGUUUUGUUUGUCUGACUUGUGUACGUAUAAAGAUAUUUGGAAACCUUUACAAGAGUCAAACAUAUAUGCAAAUUUGUAUAUAAAGAUAGCAUGACCACCAUCCUUAUAUUGCUUGUAAGUGAAAGGAUUGUCUUUUUUUGAAAUCUGCAUAUAAAUAGAAAAAAUCCAGCUGGACUGAUUAGGACCCUUUUUUAAUUCAUUUCUGUAGAACAUUUUUAUAAUUACACAUCAGCUUUGACACAGUCAUAGAACAUUGAUUACUAUUUUCCUAUGUUGCAGAUCCUUUUUGUAAUGGUCUUGUUCUUUUGAGAUCUCUGUAAAGGACCCUGUGAACUAGAAAACGUAACUCACAGAGAUGCUUGUUUUCAUUUUUAAUUCCUAGCACUGAAAGCUCCCGUUGGGAUGAAGCAUUUCAUCUCGCUUCCUAACACCUUGUGGACUGCACUUCAGUUGUUCUCGUGUGCACUGUGUAGCAAUUUACAUUAAAACAAGGCAGAUAAGGGCUCUAAGCUGCUGCUUACGUUAAAAAGUGGUCUUCUCUCUCAUAAAAUUCAGUGAAAGUAAAACAAAUAACUUUACCACUGAACCCAAGUGUUUAUUUAAAUGUCAACAGUACUUCUAAGAACGUUGCCUGUCACCUUGGUCUUUGGUCUUGGACAAAUAAAACUGCCUUUCCAGAGAACCAAACAUCAGAGAUACUAAACCAAAUAGUGGUUAAAAUUCCAAAGGAAGUAAUGUAGUAGUAUUACUCAUAAUGGGAUUAGCAUAUUUUAGACAUUCACUUUAAACACUACCUCAGUUAAUAUAGAAUAUAAAAUUCUGUGGUUUAAUCUCUCAAAAGUCAAUAAUUCUUUUCUUGUCACAGACAGCCCUCCAUCCUUGUACCCCACCUGUCAUUCAUCCUAAAGAAGGCUGUUACUAUUAGCCUGAACAGGUUUUGUUAUUGUUGCUGUUGUUGUUUGACUGUUACUUUGAAAGACAUGUAUGUCAUCAUACCUGCCUGUAGCACUUACUAUUGGAAGAUACUCAGCCUUGUCAAUAUACUCAGAAAUCUGUGUUUAAAUUUAUAGUGCUAUUUGGUUUAUCUAUAUUUUUACUGACAGGUCUAAUAUGUUUUCUUUAAGUAUUUGCUUGUACAAAAGUAGAUGUUUAUGAUGAAAACUACACGCAGUGCCAAGUGAUUAACUUAGGUGUUUAAGAAUAUUAAAUUAUAGCAGAAAAGUCUUAAGAAUGGUGUCAGUAAUAAUAGAAAUAAUCAAGAAAGUUAUCUAUAAAUAAUAGAUAUUCCCACACUAUAGAACACCAAAAUAAUGUCAAUACUGUAUGUUUUUUAAAGAUUUUAGGAUUAAUCUUAGUCCAUAUAAAUUUCUAUCACUUGAUAAUUACUGAAUAAUUUGGAGGAAUUGGAACAGUUAUACUAGUUGUAAACUGAAUUUCUAAUUGUAAAGUGAAUUAUCAUUUCUAAUUGAACUUUUUUCAAAAAUAGAUUUCAAUUUCACAUACUAAGAAAAUACUGAUAAUGAAAUUAGAAAUUUAGUAUUCAUAAUUGAAUAUACUCUUAAAAUUUCUCACAUGUUUAUCCCAUUUGUGCUUAGGUAAGUUGGGGAGUAGAAAGUAGGAAGUGUGUUCUCCCUAAUUAACAUUUUUCUGAUAAAGAUUAGUAGCAUAAGGACAUUUUGUAAGACAAUAAUGUUAAAAGAGGUUAUUUAGAAAUCUAUACAUUAUUGGUAUAAUAAUGCAUAGAAAACUCCUUCAGAAAUCGUGGCUUUAAUAGUUUCCAGCUCUUCUGCCUAGAGCUUGAGAUGAUUAAAGGUGAGUUUUUCAAGGCAUGGCUCAGUGGCAGAGUUUUCAACAGUGAGAUGUCAGUGCUUAUUUAGAUUUGUCUGCUGCUAUUUAAACAAAUUUUUGUUUCAUUCCAUUUAGAGGAUGCCUUUUGUCCCCAUAUGAAAGCACAGAUCACAAGCAAUAAAAAAAACUGUAUGUCAUUCACAUUAAAACUGCAAUUAUUUUUGCGUGGUAAGAGUGAGGUGCUAAUUUUGUGUGAAAAGAACUUGUAAAUUGAUUUGGGAAAUGUUCUUUGGAAGUAAGGGUUUUGUGUUAUUUUGGUUUUUCCCCCAAACUUUGUCUGUGCUUCCAUUUUUCUCUCAGAUUAGCAGUCAACUAAAUGGGAAAUCAAAGAGGAGAAUUACUACAGAGACCUUUAAGAAGAAGUAUUAGAAAUGAAUGACCAUUUCAGAUUUUCUAAAAUAUAGUUGGUAAAGGUCCUUAUGUCUUUUUAUUUGUAAAAUACCUUGUUGCCAUCUUAAUUUCAAGAAUGUCACUACAAUGAGAAUUUUAUCAGAAAACAACAGUGAAAUUAAUAGCAGUGCUUAUCGAAGAACAGUGGAAUCUCUAAGAUUUCAGAAUCUUUCCAGAAAAGUUCUUUUUUCUUUUAGUUCUAGGUUCCCUGUUUCAUUCAUAGUAGGUUUAGAUAAUUCAUAGAAUAUGGAAUUUUCCCCCAUUGGAAUAUUUUUUACAAUUAAGUUUAUAACUAUUCCACGGCAUGCAUAAAUUGCACAUAUUGUUUGAUGUUCUUUAUAAAAUACUUAAUUUGAAAAUUAUAAUUAAUGCCAAAAAAAAUCUUACUUUUUUGCCACUUAACCAGGUUGAUUUAGCACAAAAUGCAAAAUCUUGGGGCAAGAGGCGGGGAGUGAAGAAAAGUUGAUGGAUGAUUGUUGAAAUAUGUUCCAUUUACUGACCUGUCAGAAACCCUUAGAAUGCAUUGUAAAAAAAAUGGGUGUAAAUUAGUUUUGAAAAAUAGUAAGAGGUUGUGAAAAAAAUCUCAGACUUUAAUGUUCUGUAACCACAUGAUUUCUCUUUUUAUUUAGUAAUACGCUGCUACAUAUUUGGAGGUUCUGGUGUUUGUAGGUCACUGAACAGACAUUGAAAUCUGAUUUAUAUUGUAUAACUGUAACAUAGAAACAAAAAGUAUUUAUAUAUUUUCCGUAAGAAUAUUUCAUUGAGUUGUGUAUAAUUUAAAUAAGAUUUGUCCCCAAAUGUUUUUGCUCACCCUGAUUUUUUUGUUGUGGUUUUCUUGUUUUUGUAUAAUGUGUACAGUUUAUGUCAAGGGCAUUAAAAGCCUCCUGAAACAUAAUCUUAUCAAAGGGAUACAUUGUUAAUAAAAUGUACUUAAAAUUUCUAAA